AUGCCUAAAUUCGCUUUCUACUGUGUUGUCGCAAUCAUUCUCAUCGCUGGUUGUUUAUGUGAUGAAACAGAAACCUACGACGUCAAAUACGAUAACGUUGACAUCGAUGAAAUAUUGAAAAGUGAACGUUUGUUGACGAACUACAUCAAUUGCUUAUUAGAUGAAGGACCUUGCACUGAAGAUGGACGAGAAUUGAAAGAAACACUUCCCGAUGCAAUUCAAACUGACUGCUCGAAAUGUUCAGAGAAACAAAAGGAAGGCAGCACAAAGAUCAUGCAUUACAUAAUUGAUAAUCGCCCUGAAGAUUGGGAACGUUUAGAAGAAAUUUAUGAUGAAAGUGGACAUUAUCGAACAGAAUAUUUGGAAUCUAAAGAUGCAGAAGAAUCAGAAGAAUCCGAAGAAUAA